AUGGCUGGCCCCGGCCUCGCCUGCUGCCUGCUGGGCCUCCUCGCCCUGACCUCCGCCUGCUACAUCCAGAACUGCCCCCUGGGCGGCAAGAGGGCUGCGCUGGACCUCGAUGUGCGCCAGUGUCUCCCCUGCGGCCCUGGGGGCAAAGGGCGCUGCUUCGGGCCCAGCAUCUGCUGCGGCGACGAGCUGGGCUGCUUCGUGGGCACCGCCGAGGCGCUGCGCUGCCAGGAGGAGAACUACCUGCCAUCGCCUUGCCAGUCCGGCCACCAGCCUUGCGGGAGCGGUGGCCGCUGCGCCGCCGCCGGCAUCUGCUGCAGCCCGGACGGCUGCCGCGCCGACCCCGCCUGCGACCCCGAGGCCGCCUUCUCCCAGGGCUGA